GAAAACGACUAAACAUUGCUGACCAUUCACGUCUCCGGAAGGCCCUUAAUCCGUUCACGUUGGCCCCCUACUCGAUAAGAACGCUGACGACACCAUUCAUCCAUUAUUCUCUCACGCAUUUAGUCGAACAGUUUACCUGCAAUAAUUCAUCAUCUUCAUAUUCAUCUUCCACUCACUUCACAAUCUUCCCAGAACUUGAAUUUUGCACCAAACCAUGACAAUCCAAGCAGAAACCCAUCACACCAAAAAACACAAACACUCAUCACGCAAGCACAACAAGAAGAAAGACAGUGUCUCCGUCACAGUCAACGAGAAAUCCCCAUUAAUCCCCAAGAAAAAAACAGGUGGUCACAAUGAGUUUAACGGCGCUUCGAUGUCCGGUGCGGUUAUGAACCUGUCAACCACCAUCAUCGGUGCCGGAAUCAUGGCUCUUCCGGCCACCAUGAAGGUGUUGGGCCUGGGUUUGGGUAUUGUUGUUAUUGUUAUUGUUGCUGUUUUGUCGGAAGCUACUGUGAAGACCAUGUUGAAGCAUAGUAAAGCUGGUGGUGCUGAUUCGUAUGGUGGGUUGAUGGGUGAUGUGUUUGGUGAUUUGGGGAAGAAGAUGUUGGAAGCUUGUGUGGUUAUUAAUAAUCUUGGUGUUCUUGUUAUUUACAUGAUUAUUCUUGGUGAUGUUGUGGCGGGAUCGUCUUCGGAGGGGUUGCACCAUCCGGGUCUGUUGGAAGGGUGGUUCGGACAGCAUUGGUGGACCGGUAGAGUGUUUGUUUUGCUGGUUACAACCCUUGGUGUGUUUGUUCCGUUGGCAUCGCUCAAGCGUAUGGAUUCGCUGAGCGUUACAUCCGGUUUAGCCGUGGCACUAGCGGUUGUUUUUCUAAUCGUCUUGGCGGGAAUAGCCAUUGUCAAAAUGGCAUCCGGCAGCCUCCCGAUGCCGAGAUUUCUACCUGAUGUUACCGACCUUAAUUCUGUCUGGAACCUCUUCACUGCAGUCCCGGUUCUUGUAACCGCUUAUAUCUGCCAUUUCAACGUGCAUCCUAUUCGCAACGAGCUUGAAGACCCAUCACUCAUUGAACCAAUUGUACAGAUUUCACUUGUUUUAUGCACAACCGUCUAUAUUAUGACUAGUUUCUUCGGAUUCAUACUCUUUGGUGACUCGACAAUGGGAGAUAUAUUAUCGAACUUCGACUCGGAUUUAGGUGUUCCGUUUAGUUAUCUACUCAACGACAUCGUUCGCGUCAGCUACGCUCUGCACCUUAUGCUUGUUUUCCCGCUUGUAUUCUACGCAUUACGCCUUAACACAGAUGGCCUUUUCUUUUCAUCAUCCGAGCUGCCAUUGGAAUUUGACAACAAAAGGUUUAUAGCCAUAAGUGUCGGUCUUCUUUCGCUUAUAUACUUGGGUGCUAAUUUCAUACCAAGUGCUUGGGAUGCGUUCCAGUUUACCGGAGCUACCGCUGCUGUUUGUAUCGGAUUCAUUUUCCCUGCUUCAGUUGCCAUGAGGGAUGUAUAUGGGAUAUCAACCAAAGGGGAUAAGAUUUUGGCGGUUUUGAUGAUCUGUUUGGCUGUGUUUGCAAAUGUAGUUGCUAUAUACAGUGAUGCGUAUGCAUUGUUCAAGAGAAACCCGUCUCCUCGUGCUUGAGUUUCAUGGUGUGAAUGGAGCCGAACUUUGUAUAAAGUGAUUGUUUAUUCGAAGCUGUUUCAUGGCGUGAAUGGAGCCGAACUUUGUAUAAAGUGAUUGUUUAUUCGAAGCUGUUUUGUUAAGCGCAAGAGAAGUCGCUUCACACGAUGUUUGUAAUAUAUGUUUGUAUCAAAGAAUCAUAUUGUUGUGUUUGCAUUCAUAGACUAGCACGUUGGCGUGCAAUGAGAAUAUCUGUUUUCAAA